AUCGUUGCGGUAUCAUCAACGUUUCGAUCGAUAGAAUUUUUUUUCCACCGAUCAGGGUGUACUAAUUAUCAUUUCGUCGACGUUUUUUUCUCAUUUUUACAAGAGAAAAAUAAAUUUUUCGAAAUAAACCGAAGGGAAGUGGGUCGUAAACAAGUGACGCGACACGUGUGUGUCGUGUGUCAAAUUUUAGAUACGGCCCUAGACGAGACGUUCCACCAGCUGGCGGAACAGUCGGAACGGAAUGUCCUAACCUCUCGUCUCUCCGAAGCGUGACUAGCGAUUAUCCGAGGUCGUUUAAGUCCUUCCGGCGAGGCGCACGCGUGUAUUCGUGUAAGUGUAAACUAUCGUGAUAUUCGGCACGUGCUCGCCCGCGCGUUUAAUCGUCCUCUACGGCUGACAGACGUAAAUAUCACCCGGCAGCUGAACAAGAUAACCUAAUUUGCGACAGUUAAUCCGCAUACAUUGCAAGCAUGUCGAAGAGGGACUGAAAUAUGAGAGUAAUUUUGGUAAGUUCACGAUUCUUUGACGACGAGGAUGACGAGGAUGAUUCCGCAGCAACGGAAAUUGCGACGUAAAAUUAGCGCGAAAAAUACACACGCAUACACGUCAAACCAUUGAAGAGUCGAACUCAUUUCUACUGAUAAUAGAGCUAAAUGCAGUGUUUAUGGGAUGCAUCUGAAAAAGCAUAACGCUUUUAUUUUUUCAAACUGCUUGUAUUUCAAAGGAAGCUGAUGGAAUCGACGAAGAAGAACGUUUCUUCGGGGAUUCAACCGAGAGAUAAAAGUGAAAAAAAUAAAUGUCAGAGUUUCGAUACUAAUGAUAUUCAAGAAAAAAUGAAGAAAAUGGACGUUAAAACGUCUUCACCUACCAGUCUAUUGGUCAAAAACACUUUAAUGUUACCUACUGGAGUCAUUAGACCCGAGCAAGUGAAAGCAAAAACUGAUACAAUGCCGUCGUCCGGAUCUGCUACCGGAAACCCACGAAAUAAGACAGCUUUAGCACCGGGGCAUAGUCUGAUGGAUUGGAUCCGUCUAGGUAACUCGGGAGUUGAUUUAACUGGAGUUGGUGGUGUACAACGAGUCGUAACAUUAUCUGAGCUCGCUAAUCAUAAUAAGCAAACCGACGCUUGGAUCGCGAUAUGUGGGAUAGUAUUCAAUGUUACGCGUUAUAUGGAUUUUCAUCCAGGUGGAGUCGACGAAUUGAUGAGAGGCGUUGGGAAGGACGCUACAAAGUUAUUCGAAAACGUUCACGCUUGGGUGAAUUACCAGAGCAUUUUAAAAAAAUGCGUCGUAGGCAGAUUAAGCCGCGGUGUUUCUUCCACGUCGAGUAUUUCUUCCAUAACGGAAAGGUCGGUUUCGAGUGCGAACAACCGUUCGUCCGUGACGUUAGGUUUAAGCAAAAGUUCCACUGCACAAAAAACAGUUGAAGAAAAUUCUUCAGAUUCAUUUAAUGUAAAUAUGGAUUGGCGGCAAACAUCUAAUUCUAUCACGCUCUUUUAUAAAACUAUACGCGACUUCCAAGGAGUAUAUUAUCAAUUGCAAAGGUUAAGUGAUUCAAAACUCAUCUUUAAGCUGAUUUUCGAAAAGCACAUUAUCAUCGAUGAGCUCGAAUUAAUCGCAGAUGUGGAAUGGCCGCCAUUGUAUAAAAGAGAUUUCGAUAUAAUGCAGGUAGAUUUUACAUUCACAAAGAAGAUUAAAGAUAUUUGGAAAUCUCAGGGAAAUCAUACAUUAUCGCGAGAAUCAAUCACAAGCAAACGCACGUACAAAGAGUACAAAGUACUCAGUAAUACACCCCUUUGCAAACUAGUUAAUUUGUUAGUUUUACGUGCAACAGAUUUUCUAGAACUUAUUCCCAUUGGUAGACACAUAGAAGUUAAAAUGAAUGUAAUGGGAAUGGAAGUAUCAAGGUCAUACACGCCUGUCCCACCGUGCCUUCAUCCUGAAGAUAUGGCGCCAAAUUACAAGCCAGAUUGUAUUUGCUUAAUGAUAAAGCGAUAUCCGAAUGGUGCACUCAGUCCGUCCAUCACUAAAUUAGAACCUGGCCAAACCCUUACUAUGAGCAAUGGUUUAGGUGCCUUUGUAACCGAGUCUUUCGAUCGGUAUCCUGUCAUUCAUAUGUUGGCAGGUGGAACGGGUUUAACCGUAAUGUUAGGAAUAAUUCAGCGAGCACUAGCAAGACGCAGUGUAACAUUAAUCAAUCUUCUAAACUUCAAUAAGGACGAAGACAAUAUGUUUUAUGUGACACAACUUGACAAAGUGUCUGUAGAGAAGAAAUUCAAAGUUACACAUAUCCUUUCACAAGCAGGAGAUAAGUGGGAAGGUAGACGCGGUACUUUAUCAGAUGAAUUAUUAAAAGAAUUGAUUGGCGAGUGUUCAUCAGAAGGAUGUGUAUUUACAUGUGGACCAAAAGGAUUUAUGUUAUCUGCAAAAAAGUGUAUUCAACAGCUUCGUUGGAAACCUCACCAAACAUAUGAAUUUGACGAUUAAUCGUCUGCGUUGAAAGUAUACGUGCCGAAUAUGUAUCUUUUUCUUUCCAGACAGUCUUUUUAGAAAGCCUAAUAAAAGAUAAUACUCGUACCUGUUGAAUCAUAUUUAGUAAACAUUAGUACAGAUGUUUUGGCGACAGCAAUGUGGACUGUAAUUAAGGUGUCUGUAAUCAAUGUGUAUUUUUCUGUAA